AUGGCCAACUUCAUGACGAAUCUGCUGUCUGGCGGCAGCAAAGGCGAUAAGUCUGCUGCCCUUGAUAUCUCACCUCGACCGACUACGCCGGCCAAAGGACAACACGAUUUCCUCGACCCCGCUUCCACGCCCCAGGGCAGCCCAAGCAAGAAAACUACGGUUCCUGGAGCUUUCGAUCUAUCCAGUGUCUUUGAUAAUGCAUUGAAACUCAAUGCGCCGGUUUUAGAGACUCCUGUCAAACUCACCCGACCCCACAGCGGCGUGGUGCCUCUAUCCCCCGGGAAGAGCAACGUUCAGCCUCUCGAGGAUACCUCGAUCUCGAUCUCCGAUGAUAGUAUCAUCCACAAGACUGGGGUAGCUUCGCAUACCAGUCCCCUCAAGAAGCAAGGCCAGGAGAAUACGCCACCUCCUUCGCGUCUGGGUGUCUUUGACUCUUCUCACCACCACAAUCACGCAGCGAUUUCGAGACACGAGCUCUAUCACUCGAGUAGGCCAGUUACCCCUGCGAAGAAGUUUAACACCUCCCGAGGACUUACCCCGGAGGAGCUUGAGAUUCUCCAAAAGCCAAAUGUUCGAAGACUAGUCAAUGUGACGCAGCUCUAUUUCCUAGACUACUACUUUGAUCUCCUUACCUACGUAGGCUCCCGACAGAGCCGUCUCGAUGCUUUCAAGGCGGAAUACCCUGCUCCACCUGAGACGGACAAGGAGACAUAUGAACAAAUGUGGCACAAGUAUACUGGCAGAGAGCGUGCCAAUCUACGUAAACGCCGCGUUCGCCUUCGACAGGGAGAUUUCCAGAUCCUCACCCAGGUCGGCCAGGGUGGUUAUGGCCAAGUCUUCCUCGCCCAGAAGAAGGAUACGCGUGAGGUCUGCGCUCUCAAGGUCAUGAGCAAGAAACUGCUGUUCAAGCUCGACGAGAUCCGCCAUGUGCUCACGGAGAGAGAUAUCCUGACAACGGCCAAGAGUGAGUGGCUCGUGAGGCUUCUGUACUCGUUCCAGGAUGACAAGAAUAUUUAUCUUGCCAUGGAAUACGUACCUGGUGGUGACUUCCGAACGUUGCUCAACAACACCGGAGUCCUCUCCAACCGCCACGCGCGCUUCUACAUUGCCGAGAUGUUCUGCGCCGUCGACGCCCUGCACCAGCUAGGAUACAUCCACCGCGACCUGAAGCCUGAGAACUUCCUGGUCGAUUCUACGGGGCAUGUCAAGUUGACCGAUUUCGGUCUGGCGGCGGGAAUGCUGUCCCCUGCCAAAAUUGAGUCUAUGCGAGUCCGCCUCGAGAAGGCAUCGGAAACAUCGGUACCCUUCGGGAAGCCCAUGGACCAGAGGACCGUGGCCGAACGUCGGGAGGGAUACCGAUCGAUGCGAGAAAAGGAUGUCAAUUACGCGAGGUCUAUUGUCGGCUCCCCGGACUACAUGGCCCCCGAGGUUCUGCGCGGUGAGGAGUACGACUUUACUGUGGACUAUUGGAGUCUCGGAUGCAUGUUGUUCGAGGCUCUGACUGGGUUCCCGCCUUUUGCUGGUUCUACUCCUGAUGAGACUUGGAGGAACCUGAAGCACUGGAAGGAGGUUCUGAGGAGGCCCGUUUGGGAGGACCCCAAUUAUUUCCUGAGCAACAGAACUUGGAACUUUAUUACUACUUGCAUUCAAUCCCGGUCCAGGCGAUUCUCCAACAUCAAGGACAUCUACGACCACCACUACUUCGCCGAGGUAGACUGGGACACGCUCCGCGAGACCCGCGCGCCCUUCGUACCGGAGCUGGACUCCGAGACCGACGCUGGCUACUUCGACGACUUCAGCAACGAGGCCGACAUGGCCAAGUACAAGGAGGUCCACGAGAAGCAGCAGGCGCUCGAAACCAUGGCGGAGCGCGAGGAAGAGAUGAGCAAGAGCCUCUUUGUCGGCUUCACGUUCCGCCAUCGCAAACCCCAGGGCGAAGACGGCGGCGGUGGCAACAGCAGUCCUCGUAAGCCGAUCCCCCUCGAUGGUACGUUUGGCACGAUGCUCUAG